UAUUUAUCGAAAUGGAUAAUUUAGUUCAGGAAAAAAUUAUGCACAACAUAAUAUCAACUAUUGAAGAGAAAGUCGAUGAUGAACUUUAUAAACUUGACCAGUUGGAUGGUACUUCCCUUGAAAAACUAAGAGAACAAAGAUUAAAUGAAAUGAAACAUGAAGCUCAGUUGCGUAAUGAUUGGAUAUCUAAGGGCCAUGGUGAAUAUACUGAAAUAGAUGAAAAAGAUUUUUUUGCUGCUUGUAAAAAGUCACCGGAAAUAAUAAUACAUUUUUAUAAAAGAGAUGCACCUCGAUGCAAAAUAUUUGAUCAUCACCUGAAAAUUAUCGCUUCUAAACAUCUUGAAGCUAGAUUCCUGAAAAUUAAUGCUGAAAAUGCUCCGUUUUUAGCUGGUAAAUUGAGGAUCAAAGUAAUUCCUACGCUUCUUAUUGCAGUUAAUGGAAAAACAAAGGAUUAUAUUGUUGGAUUCUCUGAUUUAGGAAAUUGUGAUGAUUUUUCAACAGAAGUGUUAGAAUGGAGACUAGGAUUAAGUGGUGUAAUUAAAUAUGAAGGAGAUAUCACUCAGCCUGCAAAUAAAAAUGCCAAUAAAUCCAAAAUUAACAGGUUAAGCAAGAAGACGAUUAGAGAAAAUUAUAGUUCAGAUGAAUCAGAUUAAAUAAAACAACUGAUAUUUUAAUAGGUACUCCUUAAAUAGCCGGUCGGGACCUAUUUUACAUUCUGAUGUUUUAUUGACAGUAAACAUAUUAACAUAGCUUUUACUUUUAUAAGUUAUAAUGUUCAAAUUUUUUUUUUUUAAUAAGACUUAAAUUUAUUACUCCUUUGUAUUAACCUAUAUUAUUUAAUGAAUUCAAAUAAAUUUGCUUAAUUAAUAAUAAUUAGUUUGUAAUUUAUUUAUUAAUUUGUAAUUUCUUCUACUCCAUUACUUCAUUGUAUUAUGUGUAAUUAAAUUUAUAAAUCUUUAUUUAUUAGCUUAAUAAGUUUAUUUUAAUUUAUUUAUUAAACCUUUCCCAAAUUUCUAUUAUACAUUUGUGUUUUCA